AUGGACUCUGAAAGCAAAGGUCCCCGGAAGAAGAGUGCCAAGAAAGACAAGAAAAAGAAACGCAAGCAGACUUCGGAGUCGGACGACAUGAACGAAUCUGGCACGGAAGAGGUGGACAAAGCAGGGAUUUUUCGAAUCACCCCGAAGGAGUUCCUUCGCUCAGACGGACAAGCGAAGCUUCCUGAUCUUUCCAUGAAACAGCUUGCCUACUCCACCUGCUCUAUCUAUGGCUUCGUUAUGCCGUCGGAUUUGCUGGAGAUAGGAGGCGAGUAUGAGUCUUGUUUGGCAAAGACACUCACUUCCUUUUUCUCUUGUGACAGUGGCAUGUGCUUCUCGUGA